UGACAGCAUUCCGAGCCCUGAGGCCCUGCUGGCCCCUGGGCGCAGGCCCAGCUCCGGGCCCCAGGAAUGGACUUCGUGGACCCUGACAUCUUUAAUAGGGAUCCCCGGGACCACUAUGACCUGCUACAGCGGCUGGGUGGCGGCACCUAUGGGGAAGUCUUCAAGGCUCGAGACAAGGUGACGGGGGACCUGGUGGCACUGAAGAUGGUGAAGAUGGAGCCUGACGAUGAUGUUUCCACACUUCAGAAGGAAAUCCUCAUCUUGAAAACUUGUCGGCACGCCAACAUCGUUGCCUACCAUGGGAGUUAUCUCUGGCUGCAGAAGCUCUGGAUCUGCAUGGAAUUCUGUGGGGCUGGUUCUCUCCAGGACAUCUACCAAGUGACAGGCCCCCUGUCAGAGCUCCAGAUCAGCUAUGUCUGCCGGGAAGUGCUCCAGGUGAGGAGAUGCUCUGUGGGCUUGGGUAGGGGCAGGGCCCUGCUCCAGCCCCCGGACACUCACAGCCCCCGUGUCCACCCUCCUCCCCAGGGACUGGCCUAUCUGCACUCACAGAAGAAGAUACACCGGGACAUCAAGGGAGCCAACAUCCUCAUCAACGAUGCUGGGGAAGUCAGACUGGCUGACUUUGGUAUCUCGGCCCAGAUCGGGGCAACGCUGGCUCGACGCCUCUCUUUCAUUGGGACACCCUACUGGAUGGCUCCAGAAGUGGCGGCCGUGGCCCUGAAGGGGGGAUACAAUGAGCUGUGUGACAUCUGGUCCCUGGGCGUCACAGCCAUCGAAUUAGCUGAGCUACAACCACCGCUCUUUGACGUGCACCCUCUCAGAGUUCUCUUCCUCAUGACCAAGAGUGGCUACCAGCCCCCAAGGCUAAAGGAAAAAGGCAAAUGGUCGGCUGCCUUCCACAACUUUGUCAAAGUCACCCUCACUAAGAGCCCCAAGAAACGACCCGGCGCCACCAAGAUGCUCAGUCAUCAACUGGUGUCCCAGCCUGGGCUAAACAGAGGCCUGAUCGUAGAUCUUCUUGACAAACUGAGGAACCCAGGGAAGGGGGCCCCUGUUGGCGAGAUUGAAGAUGAGGAGCCUGAGCUCCCCCCCGCCAUCCCUCGGCGGAUCAGAUCCACCCAUCGCUCCAGCUCUCUGGGGAUCCCAGACGCGGAUUGCUGUCGGCGGCACAUGGAGUUCAGGAAGCUCAGAGGCAUGGAGUCCAGACCCACAGCCGACACGGCUCGCUUACAGCCCCCUGGAGACUUCAGGAGCAGCAGUCCUAGGAGGCACCUGUCGGAGUCCGAUGAUGAUUACGACGAUGUGGACAUCCCCACCCCUGCAGAAGACACACCUCCUCCGCUGCCCCCCAAGCCCAAGUUCCGUUCUCCAUCGGACGAGGGUCCUGGGGGGACUGGGGAUGAGGGACAGCUGAGCCCGGGGGUGCUGGUCCGAUGUGCCAGUGGGCCUCCCCCACGCACCCCCCAUCUUGGGCCUCCCCCAGCCACCCGAAGCCCCCACCUAACUGCCCACUCAGAACCCUCACUCUGGAACCCAGCCCCCCGGGAGCCUGACCAGCCCCCACUGUUGCCCCCCAAGAAGGAAAAGAUGAAGAGAAAGGGAUGUGCCCUUCUUGUAAAGUUAUUCAAUGGCUGCCCCCUCCGGAUCCACAGCACGGCAGCCUGGACGCACCCCUCCACCAAGGACCAGCACCUGCUCCUGGGGGCCGAGGAAGGCAUUUUCAUCCUGAACCGAAAUGAUCAGGAGGCCACGCUGGAGAUGCUUUUUUCUAGCCGGACUACCUGGGUGUACUCUAUCAACAAUGUCCUCAUGUCUCUCUCAGGAAAGACCCCCCACCUGUAUUCUCAUAGCAUCUUGGGCCUACUGGAACGGAAAGAGGCCAGAGCAGGAAGCCCCAUCGCUCACAUUAGCCCCCAUCGGCUACUGGCAAGGAAGAACAUGGUCUCCACUAAGAUCCAGGACACCAAAGGCUGCCGGGCGUGCUGUGUGGCAGAGGGCACGAGCUCCGGGGGCCCCUUCCUGUGUGGGGCAUUGGAGACAUCCGUGGUCCUGCUUCAGUGGUACCAGCCCAUGAACAAGUUCCUGCUGGUCCGGCAGGUGCUGUUCCCGCUACCUACGCCUCUGCCGGUGUUUGCACUGCUGACCGGGCCAGGCUCCGAGCUGCCCGCCGUGUGCAUCGGCGUGAGCCCUGGGCGGCCGGCGAAGUCGGUGCUCUUCCACACCGUGCGCUUCGGCGCGCUCUCCUGCUGGCUGGGCGAGAUGAGCACAGCAGAGCACAAGGGACCAGUACAGGUGACUCAGGUCGAGGAAGACAAGGUGAUGGUGUUGAUGGACGGGUCUCUGAAGCUGGUGACCCCAGAGGGGGCCCCAGUCAGGGGGCUUCGAACUCCAGAGAUCCCCAUGACUGAAGCAGUGGAGGCCGUGGCUAUGGUCGGGGGUCGGCUCCAGGCCUUCUGGAAGCAUGGAGUGCAGGUGUGGGCUCUAGGCUCGGACCAGCUGCUGCAGGAGCUGAGAGACCCCACCCUCACCUUCCGUCUGCUUGGCUCCCCCAGGCCUGUGGUGGUGGAGACACGCCCAGCAGAUGAUCCUACUGCCCCCAGCAACCUCUACAUCCAGGAAUGAGUCCCUGAGGGGGUGUCAGGAACUAGUCCCCACCCCUCCCUCCCCAGCGGACACACAUUAGUGAUCACGACAUGCCCCUGU